GUAUUUUUAAGCACUGAUUAAUUGUUUUUUUUUUUAAAAAAACUAUGCAUCCACCUCUAUCAGCCCAUAAACAUCCAGAUUGUCAUGAACUUAUGAAACAAUUAAAAGAAUGCCAUGAAUCCAAUUUUAUUAGCCAUUUUUUUGGAAAAUGUAAUGAUUUAAAAAAAGAAGUCGUUAAGUGCCUAAAUCAAGAGAGAUUAAAACAACAAAGAGAAAACCAGAGAAAAAAUAAAGAUAAAAGACGAUAAUAUAAAAUGAUUCAAAUGAAUUUAAUUAGAACCCAAAGUCUAUC